AUGACUAAAACAAAGACUGAAAGGAAAAAAGUCAGAAGAGAGAAGCGCAAUCGCCUUCAUGUGGAAGCUUCGCUCAUCCAGAGCAGGCUACUCGCAGAGUCGCUGAAGCCUGAAGAAGAUGUGGUAUAUGUAUUACCUCCGGAAGAGGACAAUGACACCCUUGACGAGAACGAAGCCGCAUCCAUCGCACAAGUAGAAGCGGUAAGUGACCCCAACUCUGAGGAAAAGAAAGACGAGGACCGAGUAGAGCUUCCUGCGCUCCCUGUCGCCACAGCUGCAUCUAAAAAGAGGUUAUCCAUGAAAGCUUCUGGACGAAAGCAAAAUAAAAUGUCCUGGCAAGCAUUGAAGCUUGCAGUAGCCGCUCAGUACGGCCCUGAAGCCUCAGAUUUAGUAGAAGAACAUGAUGGCAAUGCUGAGGAUCCCUUUUUUACGAUUUUGAUGAAGAUGCAGCGGCAAACGGUGGCGGUUCCAAGCCAUUGGAGUACACUACGCGCUUAUAUGAGUCUGCAAGCCGAUCGCGAGGAAGCAGUAGACAUUAUUCCCCCAGAAAUUCAAGCCCUGGGUGUGGAUAAGCUUCGCGCAACCAAGGACAAGCGCGCGAACCCAGACCAGAUUGCCUUCAUGACUUGCUUCCUUACCGGAACGCCUCUGCAGCUUAAGCGGUUUGACACCCAUCUCUCACCUUUUGGUGAUAUUUUUUAUGAAGGUAAAUGGAUUCCCAAGGCUAAAUUCGAGCCAGGGAAACUGUCGGAGCGCCUGCGGAAUGCGCUAGGAAUGGCCCCCAACGCCCCACCACCGUGGCUACACAGCAUGCAAGAGAUGCGGCGACUUCCACCGGCCUACCCCCAGCUACGGAUCCCCGGCCUGAACGCGCCAAUCCCGCCAGGUGCGCAGUGGGGACGGGGCCAUGGUCAGUGGGGUGAGCCCCCUCGCGGUGAGGGCAACACCUUUCUCUUCCCGGGCGUCAUGGACGAAGCCGCCACGGACGAGGUCUCAGGCCGUCCCCUCUGGGGCAUCGUCCCGCACUUGGCGAGCGUCGCCGUAGAGGGGGCCGAGGGGCCCAAGGCGGCGCCUUCCCCGGCAGGGCCCGUCCCAGCGAAGACGGCACGGCCCGGGCCGAAGGUCACCCUCACUCCCAUGCCCUUCCGGCCCCAGGCCUACGUCCCAGCGGUGCCGUUGACCGCGGGCGCGCCGAGGGCACCCCAGGAGUACGUCCGCGUCCAGGAUAACGCGGUGGGAGCGACCGUCGCCGUGGGCUACCGCAUGGUGCCCAAGAACCACACGGCCUCGCCGCCGCCAGGGGACCACCCCAGGCAACCACAAGGGCGGAAGCUCUAG